CGCUGGGAUCCACCACCCGUUUUCCCCCACCCUCUAACCAAAUAGGUAGGUAAGUCGAGGCCCUGUCGCUAUAUUUAUUGCCUGCCACACACCAAAAUGCCGGCACCAAGACUACUGCCGAUUAUCUUGUCCACCGAGCCUCUUCUAUCAUAUAUUUAGGACACGUUAGACAAGGUCUGAGGCUCAAGGAGACAUUUUCCUUGCAGUGAUAUAAUAAUGCGGCUCGGAAUCGCAUUGGGCGUGGGGUGGUGCUUGGAACUGAACGAGCUCAGUAUUGACCUUCUGCAAGAGCGCAACCCAACCAGCCCUCGUGUACAGCAAAUUCCCAAUACGUUUUCCCAUAAAGGUAUGCUCAAUACCUCUCGCACACUGUUUGUCGUCGUCAAACAUAUGUGGCUUGGUGUGGAAGUCCUCGGCGGUCAUUGUGCCAAUGAAAAGGUAGCCGCCAGGUAGAAUCCAUUGUGCGAAUUUCUCAGCGACAAGAUUCAUUUCCUCGCGCGAGAAAUGAAAAAGGGAGAAGAUGGCAAAUGCUGCAUGAUACGGCUCUUUGGGUAUGAAUUGGAGCAUAUUAACUUCCUCAAAGGUUGCCGUGGGAACCUGCUGGCGGCUCAAUGCAAUCAUGACAGGAGAGAAGUCGAUUCCAUGGAGCUUGCGACCAGUUGCGAUUACCAUGCUUGAGAGGGGCUUGCCCGUACCACUUCCAAUAUCAAGAACCGAUGCAUUGGAAGGGAGAAACUUUAGACUGGAUUUGAUGAAAUCGACUAGCCCCUCAUCAUGGCCAAAUGAUUCCUCGUAUUUCAUGCCGAGAUUAUCAUAAAAGGCUGCCGUUGGGUUGAGUGCCAUGAUGUUGGUGGUAAUUGGUAUUGUUUGAGAAAUCGGGCAUGAUCACCAAAUUCGAUAAUGGGGGACACCCAGCAAUAAUGGGGGAUAUGUAUCCAACAAUGGGGGAUGUCCAACAAGUUGGUUUGUUAUAUCAAAUUAACCAACGGUCAGUCUCCACCAACAUGCAGGAGUUAAGCAUUUCCAACACACCCAAAUGCAUUAGAGGAGCACAGCAAACGCCCCUCAUGCAGUGAUAUAGGCCGGGAUAUUGUUGGUGUUGGUCUCCUUAAGCUCUGGUUGGUCCUGCGAGCUGGAUAAAUAUGUUCCAAUGUACUGACCCGCAGAAUAGAGGUGAGCGAGACAUACAGCGGAUAGCAGUACCGGUACAAGAUGCUAUUUGAUCAACCGGCAUGGUUGCGAGGCCUGGCCCAGUUACCUGGCCGAAAAAUAAUCUCUAAUUGCCACCAGCUCGAGCUUCCCCUUCUACUUUAAUAAUCUUGUUUCUCUUGUCAUUUGUCCCUGUUAUCGAAGUGUUAUUUCUUUGUGCUCUCAUUCAUCAUUCAUCAUGUCGUCCUACAAGCUUGAUGAUGUGAAGACGACCAACCGGACCAUCAUUGCUUCAUCUGCUGAAUAUGAACCCGACACGGAGAAUGGUAAUAUGACACAGCGAGGAGGCACUGCGGCAUCGCGUUUGGCAUUCUCGAAUUCAAAUGAUGAGUCAUUUAUUGCCAAAUUUGGAAAGAAGCAACAAUUAAAGGUAUGAUCCUCUCCAAAGUUUAUUGAUUCCAAAGCUAGAUUCGCCCUUGCCUACAGUAAGGCUGAUAUGUUUUGUCUAGCGACGAUUCAAAUCUUUGUCCUCGGUGGGAUUGACAUGCGGACUGAUGUUGACAUGGGAGGUUGUUUUGUGGUAAGUUGCGUUCUUGAACAGCAUAUAAUCCCCUGUUAAUUUAGCGUGAUUAAAGUGCUCUUCAACUGGGCCUUUCCAACGGGGGACCUGCAGGAUUGAUAUAUGGGUACUUGGCGGCAUGGACUGGCGCCAUGUUUCAAUCGUUGGUGAUGGCUGAAAUGGCAUCGAUGUAAGUUUAUAUACAUAACGGUCUCCACUUCGCUGGCUCAAACGAUACCAGGAUUCCACUUGCCGGGGGCCCCUUUAAUUGGGUCGCUAUUUUAUCACCUUCCUGGUGUAGGAAAUUCCUGAGCUAUCUUGCUGGCUGGCUCACAGUAAUUUCCUGGCAAGCUUUCGUCGCCGAGGCUUGCUACACAUGCGCUUCUCUUAUACAAGGUAUUGUUAUCAUCAACUAUCCUAGUUACGAGCCCAAACUAUGGCACGCAACGCUCAUGUUCUACGCUAUUGGUCUUUUUGGCUUAUUUAUGAACACCGUACUUGGUCGACUUCUGCCAAGAACCGAAGCUCUAAUGUUAAUUUCGUAUAUACUUGGUUUCUUUGGUGUGCUUAUACCAAUGGUAUAUCUGUCAGAACACACAACAGCUGAAAGGGUCUUCACCGUCUUUCAAAAUCUUGGUGGUUGGGAUAGUAUGGGGUUGUCGUUUUUUGUUGGGUGGAUUUCAUCAAACAGUGCCUUUAUAGGGAAUGACGGAGCUGAUCACAUCGGUAUGUCAUUUCAAUUAUAGUUGUCUAUCCAAAGUAUCCGAAACAGGAAAAGAUCAAGCGCUGACCUCUUAACCAGCCGAAGAAAUUCAGCAGGCUUCAAAAGUUGUUCCAUUCGCUAUUUGGUUCUCUACGCUCUUUAACGGGGUCCUCGGUUUCUCCAUGAUGAUGGCGGUUCUAUUUAGCAUUCCAGACUUCGUCGCAGCUACAGAAGCAACGACAGGUUUUGCUUUCAUCAACGUUUUUGUUACUGCCUUGGGUUCAACUAGCGCAGCGACGGCUCUGGUACCAAUUUCCCAAUUCGAGAUAUUACUAGUCUAACUCUUACAGAUAAUUGUUGUUACUGCGAUUAACAUAUUUUCGGUGAGCGGUGUGAUAGCAACGGCAUCUCGAACACUUUGGGCUUUUUCCCGUGAAAACGGCCUCCCGUUUUCAAACCUCCUCGUCAAGGUAUGAAACACCCUGUACAAGAUCAUGCUAAGUCGAGUACCUGAAUACCUUUAUACUAACAUAUUUAGAUCGAUCCCAAAAGUCGCAUACCUAUGAAUGCUAUUUUUGCGACACUAUUUAUCAACUUUAUUCUGGGUCUGAUAAGUGUUGGCACAUAUACCGCAUUUCAAGCUUUCUACUCGGUUGUAGUUGCAGCCUAUUAUUCUUCGUUUCUUCUUGCCGCCGGUGUUAUGCUGAACAAACGUCUUACCACGCCAGCAUCCGAAAUGUCCUGGGGCUCAUUCAAACUGGGUAAACUUGGGGUUCCUAUCACCAUUGCAGCGAUGAUUUAUACUAUCAUCGCUCUCUUCUUCUCUUUUUGGCCUACAUCUCCAACAGUUUCACCUGCAACUAUGAACUAUAACGCUUUGAUCUUCGGGGUUGCAUUACUAUUUUGCGUGGUCUAUUGGUUUAUUGCUGGUCGAAAGGUCUAUAUAGGGCCUAUAUGGGAGUUUGAUGGUCAGUUCUCGAGGGUGGAUUAAGAUUAUCGGAAUGUUCGCCUAUCGGUGGAGGUAUGAACUUUUCGCUCAAAGAGAGGUCUAUAAAACGGUAGCUGUGUAGUGGUGAAAACUGUGUUAUCAAGAAGCUGGCUAUUUAGAAGGCGUAAAUAAAACGUUCUUCGCCUAUCUUUCAGAAGGGUUGUAUAUAUAAACUCACUUGGUUCGUAC